AUGGAAACACAUAAUUUGGAGGCCGCGUCCGAUUACAUCAACAACCUGCUACUCGCUCGAGGACUGCUCAGGAAUGGCAAACGCAUCGAGUUUGCGGAACCGGCAAGGGCGCCAGACGGCAUCGGCGGCACAAUGACAACAGUUAUCAACUUGGUCCAUGAUUUGAUAAUGAGAAGAGAUCGAGAAGCAGAGCAACAUGAAAACCUGGCUGGUACGAUCAGGAGCCUCCGUAAUACGGAAGCAAAACAAACGCUUGAAGUUGAACGACUUGAAACCAGGAUGGAGGAGCUAAGCCGUGCUCUAGCGCUCACCGAAGGUCAAGAACGAGCUUUCAAAGUCAACAUACGAGAAGCCGAGGGAACAAUACGCAUACUGAAGGAGCAGGUUCAGCGGAUGAAAUCCACAGUCCAACAGAUCAGAGCUCAAUACACGACCGAUAUUCGUAAACGAGAUCUUGAAAUGCAGAAACUCAAAGCUCGAUUGACCGAGCGGACUCGAGGUAAAAGGGACGGGCCGGGUGUUACAACCAUAACAAUUACGCCUCCGCCGAAGGCAACAAAUCAGAAGUCUACAGAAGGCGGUCAAGGAUUAGACACUCCCGGCUAUAGCCUGAGGCAAGAAACGACCGAGUUUCUCACCCAACUCUGCCAGAGUCUAAGUGACGAAAAUGAUGGACUGAUUCGUCUAGCGCAAGACUCAAUAACAACCCUGAAAGAACUCCAAGGCUUGACAGAACCGGGCGUAAAUGAGGUUUCUAUGGCAGCGGAUGCUGCUGAACUCGAAACUGAUCCAUUGUCUGGGCCGGUCCCUCCGUACGAAACACUCUCCGCCGAGAUGUCAUACGUGCUAGAACAACUACGAUCGUUAUUAACCAAUCCAUCUUUUGUAUCGCUUGAAGAAGUCGAAAUCAGGGACAGUGAAAUCUCCCGUUUACGCGAUGGCUGGGAGAAAAUGGAAGCUAGAUGGAAAGAAGCGGUUGCGAUGAUGGAUAACUGGCACAGACGUAUGGCAGGCGGCGGUGAUGGAGUGAAUAUAGACGAGCUAAAGCUUGGCAUGACUCUCGGCUCUAGUAUUGAUCGAGACAUUGUUUCUCAGGAUGCAAGUAUGCCUGUAUCCAACAAUGAGAACGUGCAGCUACCAAGUGUGGGAGAGGAAGGAGAAGGGGAAAGCGAAGACAAACAAAGGGAAGAGCGCGCUGCGCCUCGCCGUCGUAGCUCGCUGCGCGCAAGCCCAAGAAGAAGGACGGUCAGAUUUGCGAAGCGAAAUCAAAAUAUACUGGAGGAAUGUUCGGGGAAUAAACAACCAACAAUACUACCACAGGGGACACCUGCUGAAGCGAUUUCAGAGAACAUGCCGGAUACAGACAAGGAUGCUUCCUGCGCGGUUGAGAAACCGAGUACGAUCAGCUCACCGAGAAGACCAACCAGAAAGCAAGCAGAUCCAAAAGUCCAAUUACGUGUAAGCAGUGCCGUUUUCCGUUAUGGGCUAUGUUUUAAUCUCCAGCUGACUCUUGCAGAACAAUCGAAUUAUGACGCGUCAAGCCACUGGGGCGAGACCGUCGGCUAUAAAACGGGGAGAAGCACAUUACUCCAAACCUCGCGGCAAGAAACGGAGCAGUACCUCCAAUGA